UGCCGUCAUCUACCUUCCUCGACGACGGGGGUUGGUUGCGAGUCCCCGCGGCGGAGAAGGAACAACAGAACUGACAGGCAGCAGCGCGACAAGAGGAAGAUGGAGCAGCACAGAGGCACCGCGGACUUUAACAUCUUGUUAGCCACCGACUCCUACAAGGUCACACAUUACAAACAGUACCCACCCAACACUACUAAGGUGUACUCUUACUUCGAGUGUCGCGAGACGAAGACAGACCCUGCUAAGCUCAGAAAAGUCAAAUACGAUAAAACGGUCUUCUACGGGCUUCAGUACGUUCUCCACAAAUACUUAAAAGGACAGGUCGUCACUCCAGAGAAGAUUCAGGAAGCAAAGGAGGUAUAUCGGGAACACUUUCAGGAUGAUGUGUUUAAUGAAAAAGGCUGGAACUACAUUUUGGAGAAAUAUAACGGUCACCUGCCCAUCGAGAUCAAGGCUGUGCCAGAGGGAAGUGUAAUCCCACGUGGGAAUGUGCUCUUCACAGUAGAAAGCACAGAUCCGGAAUGCUACUGGCUUACUAAUUGGGUAGAGACCAUCUUGGUUCAGAUCUGGUAUCCCAUCACUGUGGCGACUAACUCACGAGAACAGAAAAAGAUUCUAGCCAAAUAUCUCAUGGAAACUUCAGGAAGCCUGGAGAGAUUGGAAUAUAAACUCCAUGACUUUGGCUACAGAGGAGUUUCAUCUCAAGAGACGGCUGGUAUCGGUGCAUCUGCACACUUGAUAAACUUCAAAGGAACAGACACUGUAGCCGGCAUCGGCGUCAUUAAGAAGUACUUCGGCACCAAAGACCCAGUUCCUGGUUUCUCCAUACCAGCUGCUGAACACAGCACAAUCACUGCCUGGGGAAAGGACCAUGAGAAAGAUGCUUUCGAGCACAUCAUCAAACAGUUCCCCUCUGUCCCUGUGUCCAUCGUCAGCGACAGCUACGACAUCUACAACGCUUGUGAGAAGAUCUGGGGGGAGGACCUCAGGAGUCUGAUCGAGAUAAGGAGCGCAGACGCCCCGCUGGUGGUCCGACCAGAUUCAGGAAACCCUCUAGACACGGUGCUAAAGGUCCUAGAGAUUUUAGGAAAGAAAUUUACUCCGAUUGUGAACUCCAAAGGCUACAAGGUGCUUCCACCCUACAUCCGAGUAAUUCAGGGCGACGGUGUGGACAUCAAUACUCUACAGGAGAUUGUGGAGGGCAUGAAAGAGCACAGAUGGAGUAUUGAGAACAUUGCGUUUGGCUCAGGUGGAGCUUUGCUGCAGAAACUGACCCGAGAUCUGCUCAACUGCUCUUUCAAAUGCAGUUACGUGGUCACAAAUGGACUGGGUGUAAACGUCUUCAAAGAUCCAGUCGCAGACCCCAACAAAAGGUCAAAGAAGGGUCGUCUUUCUCUUCACAAGACACCAAAAGGAGACUUUGUCACUCUGGAAGAGGGGAAGGGUGACUUAGAGGAGUAUGGAGAGGAUUUGCUGCACACUGUGUUCCGGAACGGGAAGGUUGUAAAGUCAUACACCUUCGACGAGGUCAGAGACAAUGCCAAGCUGAAGGAGAGUGAAGUGGAGGAGCUUCUGCUCUGAGCAAACUUCCACCCGUCUCCCUAUCAGCCCUCUUUCGCUUCACACCCCACACCCACUGCUGAGAGACGUGCGGGCGAGUCACCCCACAUUCAGUGUACAGAGCUGUUCUACGUUUCUGUCUCCAGACUCCUGUGCUUCAGUGUCUCUUUCUAAUGGCGGAUGAAAGCAAUCAUCAUGCCAAUUAAAUCAUUUAACCGUGUAUUUGACCAAGUGUGCUAUCGAUCACACGUCUUUGCCGGAAUGGAGACGGAUAUAUAUACCGUGAGAAGAUUUAGCUUUGCUUGUUUGACUGUAGGACUGAAAGUUAAUUGUUCAGUGUACGUUGAAUUUGAAUGUCGUGCAUAUGGUUUAUCACUUUAUCAAAGGAUUAUUCUAUUCCUGUUUGCAAAGGACGUGGCUGAUCUUGGGGGACACUUUGCUUUACUUUCUUUGGCCUUGUUUUUGUGUUUCUUGUAGGUUGAGUCUCACCACAUUAUGUCCAUUUCACUCCUAAAUCGCAGGAAACAAAGAAAUUUUGCAUGAAGCAAAUAAGUUCUGCUUUUAGGACCAUUUAGUUUUUUGUUUUUUUUUUGCAAUGACAUUUGAACACGUUUUCCCAUCAAUUAUAGGCAGAUAUGAUAACAAAUACUGCCGUGGUGUAUGAAUACUUAAUUGAAAUAAUGUAUCAUUAUUUUUUCCUCAAUAAAGCCAAUCAAAAUGAGUUAAUGGAAAAAAAAUUGGGUGAAAUCGUCAUAAAAAUAGUCACAGUGCAAAAAAAAAAAAAACAUUAAUUGCAUAUAAUUAAACAAAAAAAAAAAACAUUUUUCCAAACAAUAUAUUUUUUUUUUUGCCAACAUAUUAGAUGCUAAUCAUGAUAUACAAUAUAAAGCUGAUAUAUGUAAGACAACAACAACAAAAAACUUGUUUAAAUAUUCACUACAACUUUUUAUUUGGAAAUGCUUGAUAAUGGCAGUUUUAUUAUAUAAUGGGAAUUAUUUUAGAAGAGCUUGGUUUUACCAUUUUGUAUACUUACGAUUUUAAACAACAGAACCAUUAUUUUUUAUGAAAGACCGUAAUUUAACGCCAGAGUUACCGUAGUAAAGAUUUAUUGUCAGGCCAAACUGCCUCUUCUCUUGUAUAUAUCAGCAUGUGUUUUUUUUUUUUUGGUUUUUUUAUUAGUGCAAAUAUAGAUUUGUUUUUAUUUUUGUCUAAUGCCCAUUUUGUACCAACAGAAAAUUCAUUGCUAUGUUCUGCAAAUAGUUGUUCGAUCAGUCUCUGGAACAUGCGUUCAUAUGCAUAUGUGUGUGUGGUGAGAAUGUGUUUGUUCAUUCCUGUUUGAUUGUACACUUGGUUAAUAAUACUUGCUUAGUAUAAUUUGAUGUUUUUUAUGUAUAUGUCAGGUCUCCCUUUUUCUUUCAAGCUCUUCAAAUAUUUUAAACUAACAAAAGAUUUUGAUGGCAUAUUAAAAACAAAAGCAAUCCAUCCUAUUUGAAAUGUUUUCAUUUCUUUUUUUAAAUGAUACUAUAUAUAUAUAUAUAUAUAUAUAUAUAUAUAUAUAUAUAUAUAUAUAUAUAUAUAUAUAAAAAUGGAAGCAUUCCCUUUUAUAGCUGCUGUAAGAACAGUUAACUAUUUCUCAAUGCACUAGCCUUCAAUCUAGUAAUUAAAUCACAUUUUGAUGACAAGUUUAAAACUGUAUUAAGGAACAUUAGUGUGAAAGUUUAAAUAAAAAGCAAUAUCAUACUGA